ACCCCUGUCCUAUUCUCUCCCUGUCCCUCUCUCCUGUUGUCCCAGCAUGGCUGCAGGAUGGCUGCCCUGUGGACUCUCUCACUGCUGCUCUCUGCCUGCCUGUUUUGGCCUGCAUGUUUGGCCCUGAAUCCCCCAGCUGAGCUCCCACAGCCCCACAACCUGCCCCCCUCACUGGGCGCCAACAGCAGUGAUGGUGGCCUGUCUGUGGAUCUGCCCAUGCCUCUGAGGGUUUUCAGCGUGGACUAUAACCAUGUGCAGGCUCCCUUUGAGAUCGUGCUGUGGAUCAUGCUGGCCUCACUGGCCAAGCUGGGUUUCCACUGGUCAGGUCGAGUCCCAGCAGUGGUCCCAGAAAGCUGUCUCCUCAUCAUGGUGGGCCUCCUGGUUGGAGGGGUGAUCUAUGGCGUUCGCCACUCUGCUCCCCCGACUCUCAGCGCGGAUGCUUUCUUCCUCUUCCUGCUCCCGCCCAUCGUGUUGGACGCAGGAUACUUCCUGCCAGGGAAGCUGUUCUUUGAAAACCUCGGGACCAUCCUUUGGUAUGCGGUACUGGGAACCCUCUGGAAUGUGCUGGGCAUCGGCCUGUCUCUGUACGGUGUGUGUCUGCUGGCCCCGAGCUCUCUGGGAGACAUCUCUCUGCUCCACUGCCUGCUGUUUGGCUCUCUGAUCGCUGCCGUCGACCCCGUGGCCGUGCUCUCCGUCUUCCAGGAAAUGCAUGUCAACGACCAGCUUCACAUCCUGGUGUUUGGAGAGUCGCUGCUCAACGACGCCGUGACCGUGGUGCUCUACAAGCUGUUUGAGUCCUUCCUCCGUCUGCCGUCAGUGUCGGGGCUGGAUGUGUUGCUGGGGGGGUGCAGGGUUUUGGUGGUGGGCCUCGGCGGCCUGUUCGUAGGCCUCUUCUUUGGCCUGGUGGCGGCCCUCACCUCCCGGUUCACCUCCAGAGCCCAGGUCAUCGCCCCGCUCUUUGUCUUCCUCUACUCCUACCUGUCCUACCUGACCUCAGAGAUGCUUCACCUCUCUGGCAUCAUGGCCAUAGUGACCUGUGCCGUGACCAUGAAGCAGUAUGUGGAGGCUAAUGUGUCAGAGCGCAGCAAGACCAGCAUCCAGUACUUCCUGAAGAUGUGGAGCAGCGUGAGUGAAACCCUCAUCUUCGUCUUCCUGGGCGUGUCCACAAUACAGGAUGUCCAUAUGUGGAGCUGGCCCUUUGUCUGCUCCACACUGCUGCUCUGCCUCAUCUGGAGGGCCACAGGUGUUCUCCUGCUGACUGCUGUGGUGAACAAGCUCCGGAGGAACACGGUCACCUUUCGAGAUCAGUUCAUCAUUGCCUAUGGAGGCCUGAGAGGGGCCAUCUGCUUCUCCCUCGUCUUCCUGAUCGACGACUUCCCAAAGAAGAGACUCUUCAUCACAACGACCAUCGUCGUCAUCCUCUUCACUGUCUUUGUACAGGGGAUGACUAUUAAGCCUCUGGUAGAGCUGCUGGAUGUGAAGAGGAAGAAGAGAGCUCUGCCUACGGUCAGCGAGGAGAUCCACAGCAGGCUCAUUGAUCAUCUGCUGGCAGGGAUAGAGGAUGUGGUUGGCUACUGGGGGCAGCACUACUGGAAAGACAAGUUUGAGCAGUUUAACAAGAAGUACCUUCGUCGUUUCCUGAUCCGUGAGGAUCACCAGGCUCCCUCCAGCAUCCUCAGAGUUUACCAGGAACUGGAGAGAAGGGACCAGAGGGGAGACGAGGAGGCACCACCACUAGUGGACCCUCGCUCCCACAGCCGUCCCCUCUUACCCGAGGAGAUGGACAGCAUCAGGCGUAUUCUCUCCAGAAACCUUCAGAACUUCAACAACAAGCAGACGCCAGCCUACAGCAGACACACCCUGCACCAAGACGCCACUAUGGACAGAACAAGGAAGCCUCUUCACAGACACCAGAGUCUGGGAGAAAGAUACACGUUUAAUACACAGGGGGAGGAUGGAGAGUUCAGUGGCUCACGCAGAGGGAGAGCAGGACUCAGCAGGUCUCACACAGUAUGCUCCAUGAGCCCGAGGCCUGUCCUCCAGGACUCAUCUGUCCUGGCAGCUCCAUCUCAGUCCAGAGGGCUAGUGGAUCCCAAAUCUUCAGCUGUCAGAAAGGAGCAGAUCUCUUCACAACAUCAAGCGCCUGAUGGAAGAGCCCCGAAGAAACAACUCAGCUUUGUUUUGGAGAGCGAGAAGCAGCAAUGAAGGCAGACUGUGAGAAAGACAGAGGAGAAGAAAUGUAAACCAGUGAAUUCAGUCAUUUCAAAAUGGCUCCAUAAAAGUGAUAAGUACCUCAUAUUUAUUUAGCCAUAGAGUUGUGGGUUUCAGGGCUGAUGAAAGUUUUUUUGCAAUUGUAUGGAUAUCUUCCAAUUAAAACUUUUUAAAUGGAUUAAUAA